UUCUUACAGCAGCUGCUUCCCGUUCCCAGUUGCAAGAGAGCAUGGGCCAAUGGCUUGGGAUUAGUGCAGCCCCAGUAGCAGAUGAUGAUGGCUCGGUUCUUGUGGCAAAAGAGGAAGACUUUAAGGAAUCUAAGAGGAUAAGAACUACAGUGAAAGAUAGGGAACUUGUCGUAUUUUACAAUGAAGGACAAUACCAUGCCUUGGACCUCCGGUGUUACCAUGCAGGAGGACCAUUACAUCUUGGAGAUAUUGAGGAUAUCGGUGGACAGACUUGUGUUAUUUGUCCAUGGCACCAAUAUACCAUUGCUUUAGCCACUGGUGAAGGUCUGUAUCAGGGAUCAGACCCUCAAGAUCCCCUCCGGACUAAAAAAUGGUUCUCCAAAGGAGUGAAGCAAAGGGUCCAUAACACGACUGUGAAAAAUGGAGGUGUCUACGUAACUUUGUCAGACACAAGUAUUCACUUUGACUCUGAUGAUUACGCGUGUGAGAAGCUCAAAGAAUCUGAAAACACUGUUAAAAAACCUAAGUAAUGUCUAACCUUCGUUUACCUAAUUAAGGUACACUUUCUUAUAGGCUCUCCACAUGGGCUAAAGGCAAUAUUUGCUGCUAUAAGUGCAUUAAUAAGUGUAAAGUAAAUGCAACUAAGCUCAGUUUUCAUAGACUUUUAUUUUGGAUUUAAUAUUUUCGGGGCUAAAGGGAUUAGAACUUGUAAUGUUUUUCUGGUAUGAAGACUAAUGGACAAUGUACUUAUGUCAUUUUCAUACAUGUGUAAUGCACCCAGCUGCUGCAGAAGAUCUUGUGUGUAUAAAAGAUGCUUGUGAACAUGCCCAGCCUUGUUCUUUUGCAAGGAUUAUCCAAAAACCACCUUUGUGAAAGAAGAGUGAGCUGCUGUACAAUAUUUAUCUACUUCUGUAACAUCACCACAGCAGCAGAGUAAUACCAAAUCUAACUUGACGUGUGUAUGAAUAUAUAUGUAUGUGUUUGUGCAUACAGUAUAUAAGGAAUAAUGUUCCCUCUAUUGUAAAAUAUAAGGAUGUUAUAAGUCACUGCGGAGUUAGACUACGGUAUAUUAAGGAACAAGGCUGUAGAUUUAGUGCAUUCCUUCUAACUCCAAUAUCCUCAUUGUUUUCAAAAUAUUUUUUAUAAUACACAAGUUUCCAUGAGUUGUGCGACACAAAUUAUAUCAAUAAGUGCCAUUAUUGGGGGGUGAGGUUUAAUAAAUGAACUGAUACUUCAGAUGGUAAAAUGAUCAAAACAAGAUACGUUUAUUUUAGCUAGGGAUGCAUUGAAUCCAAGAUUUGGUUCAGGAUUCUGCCAAGAUUCGGCCUUUUUUGACUGGAAGCGAAUUCGGCCGAAUUCUUCUGCCCAGCCAAACCGAAUCCAAAUUUGCAUAUUCAAAUUAGGAGCAGGGAGAGAAAUAACGUGACUUUUUGUCACAAAACAAGGAAGUACAUUUUUUUUCCUUUUUCCACCCCUAAUUUGCAUAUGCAAAUUCAAUUCGGCCGAAUCUUUCACAGAGGAUUCAGGGGUUCGCCCGAAUCCAAAAUAGUGGAUUCUGUGCAUCCCUAAUUUUAACCACUAGUUCAAAUAAGUGGGUCUUAUACAUUAUACUUUACUUAUCUUUUCCUUCAUCCAAUCAUUCAGUGUCAGAUGUCAGUUCACCUCUUAAACUCUGUUAAUUAACUGGCCUCUGCUACGUUGUUUCCGGGGUCGGAACCAGCAGUGACAGCAGAAAAUAGCAAUACACAGACAAUGAAUGCUGUCAACAGCAGCUACAUUUUCAAAUAAUAUGAUUUAUUUUUUAACAUGACUGGAAAUUUUAAUAAAGGUUUAGUAGUAAGUCGCAUAGAAUAUUCAUUAGGCAAAAUGUAAUUAUGUGUUUAAGGGUUUACAGUACCUUUAAGAUUCAAAUAAAGGAGUCCUUGGAUGCUCUGAAUUUUGGACAAUGUCUGUACUGGUGUCUUAAUAUUGUGGUGGAGGUGAGAAGUAUUGAAUAGAAAGGGUUACUUGAACAUGUAGGACAAUCCUCUGAUCAUUGUAACAGGGAUGUAUUCUAGACCUGUCUUGUAGACUUCCGGUAUGAAUAUCCAAAUUAUGCAGAGAUCCUUUAUCCAGAAAACCCCAGGUCCGAGCAUUCUGGAUAACAGGUCUCAUACCUGUACUUCUUUAAUUAGAGGAGAUGAACUAUUGGUUGUUUACAUGUCAUGUUCAUGACGCAUGCAUUACUAUACUUCUUAGAAGCUUCAUGUAUUUUUUUUUCUUGGAAACUGCUGUAAGUUCACAUGAAAAUAAAAAAAGACGUGCUUUAGAGUAAA